AUGAAAGGACUUUUAAUUGUUUUACUUUCGUUAAGUGUUUUGGCCGACGAGAGUUAUUACCAUUUCCGCCAUGGGUGCAUCAUGCAUAAAAGAAUGAUAAAGGUGCAGAAAAACACGAAAAUAUUGGAGGACCGGCUGGAGAAGAUAAAACAAGUUGAGCGGAGGAUCAUGCACGAACUUGAUUUGAACUACGAGGACACGAAAAUGGCGACGAAGAGAAAGGAUAAAAUUCUGUUGCAAAAAACGAUUGACACAUUGCAGAAACAGUUGAGAAAGGCUAGACAAACAAAACUCGAGAUAUUACGAGCGUUAAGAAAACAGGCGGACUCCCUCACUGGUGUAGAGCGUGGGAGAAUCAUUCGAAAAAAUCGAUUGGAACAAUACGUCGACUAUCACGGCACAAAUAUUGCAAAGGAAUACCAAACCGCCAACCAUAAAGUGUAUCAACUCGAGGAGAAAUACGCUUUAGAAACUGCAAAGAAGGCAGCGAAAAUUGCCGCAAACAUCAUUUUUGCAAAGGAAAAGAGUCUUCCAAAGGACAAACAGAGAGACCAAACGAAACUGAAGAAGUACAUAAAGAAACAUGCGAAGAAGGCGUAUUUGAAAGCGUUCAGAAUUGUCCAAAGAUUCAUCGAGAAAGAAACGUUGAGAGGACUUAGCAUCAAAAGAGUCGAAGAGAAUGUCAAAAUCCAUACCGAAGAGUUGUUGAAUGAGAUGAAGGUUGGAGAAAAGAUGUUGUUGCACCAAAUCAAAAUCACUGAGAAACUUGAAGGGAAAGCGGAGAAGAAGGCAGAGAAGAAAGAAGAGCAAAAAAGUAACUAA